AUGAAAUUGUUCCAGAAUAUCCUUAUUUCAAUCGCUUUACUCACUCAAUUAAUUUUUGCUAUCGAAAUUGCUGAAAAUAAAGUUGAUCGUGGCUCCAUCACUUUAAAUUUAGGUGAUAUCAUUAUUUAUACUGGUGCUACUUGGUCUAUCAUUGACAAUGCUUAUACCAAUUUUGUUGGUAAAUUAGAUGUCAGAGCUGAUGCUGGGUUAUAUAUUACCCUGACUUCUCAUCUUUUGGCACUUCAAGUCAGUUUAACAACUAUACUUCAUUCCAUCACCAAUAAUGGUAUUAUCUCCUUUGAUUCACGUAUUUCAAGAACAUCAUCUUCUUAUGACUUGAGAGGUAUUUCCUUCACUAACAAUGGGGAAAUGUAUUUUGGUUCUUCUGGAGAAUCAUCAAGUUCCACUUCACUUACUUCUGCUCUGUGGUCUAAUACUGGGUUAUUGCUGUUUUUCCAAAAUCAAAGAACUUCCGGUACUGUAAAUCUUGGGGUUUCAAUGGGAUCUAUUACUAAUGAUGGACAAAUCUGUUUAAAUAAUCAAGUUUAUGAACAAACAACUCAAAUUAAGGGUUCGGGUUGUUUCACUGCUAAAGGGGAUUCCACUAUUUAUAUUGCCAAUGUUGUAUUAGCCGUUUCCUCCAAACAAAAUUUUUAUUUAACUGAUAAAGGUUCAUCAAUGAUUGUUCAAGCUGUAUCAACCACACAAACAUUUAAUGUUUAUGGUUUCGGUGAUGGUAACAAAAUUGGUUUGACUCUUCCCUUAGUUGGAACUAUUUUCAAUUCAGCUUUCACUUAUGAUACUGCUUCUGGUAUUUUGACUUUAAGAAAUACUUUGCUUGAACAAAAAUUCAACAUUGGUACAGGGUACGAGCCAUCUAAAUUCCAAGUGGUUACUGAUUCUGGAUCAGGUACUCCAUCCACAGUUUUAGGGUCAGUUGCUUAUUAUGGCCAUGUUCCAACAAGAACUUUACCUAAAUCUUGUCAAAUUCCAUGUAAACCAAUUCCAAAAGCACCAGGUACUCAACCAACAGAAUACACUACCACCAUCACAAAAACAAAUACUGCUGGUAACACUGUAACUGAAACUGGUGUUGUUAAUAUUCUGACCGAUAAAGCUGGAUCUUGGUUCACCACCACAUCAAUUUUCCCAACCUUGACAACUGCUAUUGCUGCACCCACCUCAACUGCUAUGUCCACUGAUUUAUCUUCUAGUGUCAAUAUUCCUGUUGAAACUUCAUCAAAUGAAAGCUCAUCAAUUACUUUGGCAAGUUCUGAAUCAUCAGCUGUUCAAACUUCAUCCAUUGAAAUCCCAGUUUCCAGUCAUAUUUCUGCUAAUCAAGAGUCAUCUUCUAUUGGCGAAUCCUCUGUUAAUGGCAGUACUAUGAUUUCCAGUGAAUCUGCUCUUGAAUCUGCUAGUGAAUUUACCAUUGCUCAAUCUUCUGAUGUUGAAUCAUAUUCUUCGAGUGAACAUUCUAUUACUCACGAAUCUUCUGCUAUCACCUCAUCAUCUACUACCAUUGAGACACAUGUUACUGAAUCAUCCGUUGUUGUUGACUCGUUCACUUCUGAUUCAUUGUUUGUUAGUGAAACACAAGAUCCCAAAGCAUCUUCUUUUUCGAUUGUCACACCAAGUGAUUCUAUAAUUGUCAAUGAAUCAUCUAUCCCUGAAUUAUCUACCAGUGUUGGUGCAGUCUCAACCUCAACUUCAUCUUCUGAAAUAUCAUCUAAUUCAUAUUUCCCUAGUGAAACACAUAUCUCAAAAGUAUCUUCUUCUGCUGAACCAACAUUUGUUACCCCAAGUGAAUCAAUAAUUAUCAACAUUUCUGAACCAGCAGUUAGCACUGAUUCUGUCCAACCAUCUACUGAACCACAACCUGAUAUGUCAUCUGUGAUUGCUGAAUCUUUAAUUUCAUCAACUGUCAGUGCUCUGGAAAUAGAAUUAUCAUCUACUAUGGAAUUAUCCCAUUCUGAAUCAUUGUUAGCCAAACAAUCAGAAACUAUUAAUCAAUCUGAAUCAAAUUACAUUAGUGAAACUUCAGCUGUUCCAACUGCAAAAUCUACUAUUUCUGACAGUAAAUUAACUUCCACUUGGGAAUCUUCUAGUUUAGUCAAUAUGGAGUCAACAUAUUCUGUUGUCAUAAGUGAAUCUGAAAUAACUCCAAUUCCUGUUCAUACUUCUGAAUCGGCUACUGAAUCAGCUGCUGAAUCUAGUGAUAUCCAGACACAAUUUACUUCAACUUGGACCGCCACAAAAUCAGAUGGUUCUUUUGUAACUGAGUCUGGUGUUAUCAGUCAAUCUGGUACUUCAUUCACCACUAUUGCUACAUUCCCACCAUUAUACACAUCAUCAGAUAUUACUACUGAGUUUAUUUCCACUUGGACCGCCACUAACUCUGAUGGUUCUGUUACCACUGAGAUUGGAGUUGUUAGUCAAUCCGGAACAUCGUUAACCACUAUUGCUACCUUCCCACCAUCAUCAACUGAAUCAGGAAUUACCAGUGAAUUCAUUUCUACCUGGACUACCACCAGCUCAGAUGGAUCGGUUGCAACAAAAUCUGGUGUUGUUAUCCAAUCCGGUACUUCCUUAACUACCAUAGCCACAUUUCCACCAAUGUCUACUUCAUCUGACAUCAUCACUGAAUUUACUUCAACUUGGACCACUACCAAUUCUGAUGGAUCAAUAACUACUGAGUCUGGCAUUGUUAGUCAAUCUGGGACUUCAUUGACUACUUUGACAAUUUUUGAACCUGUCACUUCAUUAGCUGUGCCGUCAUAUACUGUGAUUGAAACUGAAUUUACUUCAACUUGGACUACAACAAAAUCUGAUGGUUCUAUUGUUACUGGAUCUGGAAUUGUUAGCCAAUCAGGUACAUCGUUAACAACUUUAUCUACCUUUGCUCCAUCAUCAUCAUCAUCUGAAAUUGCUCCUGAAUUUACUUCAACUUGGGAAAUUGGCUCUUCAAAUGAGUCUAAUGUUGUUGAAUCUAGUAUCGUCAAUCAAUCCAAUGAAAGUUUGACUAAUAGUGUUAGUUCAUAUGAACCAGCCACUGAAUCUGCUAUUGUUAGCCCAUCUGAUCAAGUAUUGACUAGUAGUGCUACCUCAUUUGUAUCAGCCAGUGAAUUUUCAGCUGUUACCACUACCACUGUUGAUUCUGCUUCUGCUUCUUCUUCUACUGAUAUAAACAAUGACGUCACAGUUCUUGUUUCCCCAUCGGAAUCUGAAAUCAAUACUAGUAGCUCAAUUUGGAAUAAUGAAAACAAUGUCUCUGGUGCCGUUUCAACUUCAGAAUCAACAUCUAUUGCUAAUAAUCAUGAUGGUUCAUUAUCCAUGACCAAGACAGAACUGGAAAUAAAUGGGUUUUAUUCAACUGAAUCAAGUACUAUGUUUGUCACUGCUACUAUCACUAGUUGUAACAAAUCUGAUUGUUUUGAAAAUGUUGUAACUUAUGUUUCAAAUGAUUCUUAUACCACCGUUACUACUGGACACUCCAAUGAUAACACUUCUGUUGAUAACAAUAAUGUUCCUAGUACUUUGAUUGAAAAUGUUUCCAAUACAGAGACUAUCCCAGUUGUAACCAAUACUGAGGAAGUUUCUACUACCGUUUAUAAUCCUUUAACUUCAACUUCAACUUCAAAUAUUGUUGAAUCAAGCAACACAUCAAUUGUUGAUAAUGAAAAUAAUGGAGUUCACAUCAAUUCCGAUGAUAUGACUGCUAUGGUAACUGCAGUUGAAACCGGUAAUGGUAUUACAAAUGGUACAAAUUUCGUAUCUCCAUCAACUAUUCCUAAUGAAAUUUCUGAAACUGGAUCACCUGCUACUUCUAUUGUUGGUACUUUGCCAUAUGAAAAUGGAUCUAAUCAAUUAUCAAUUGAAAAUAUUAAAUAUUUAAUAUUGGUAGUUUUUGGAUUAAUGAUGAUUAUGUGA